GGCGUGAGACGGUGAUAGUCCGGCGGUACCAUAACAGCUUCCGGCGGAGCCAAGUUGCUAGUGUCCGCCUGACGCUGCGUUGCGCAGGAAGCCAAGCGGGCUCCGGACUGUCCAAAGGGUUUCUAGUGUUUGCCGCGGUAACCUCAUCAGCCCGCCAAGAUGGCGAUGCAAGCGGCCAAGAGGGCGAAUAUUCGACUUCCACCUGAAGUAAAUCGGAUUUUAUAUAUAAGGAAUUUGCCAUACAAAAUCACAGCUGAAGAAAUGUAUGAUAUUUUUGGAAAAUACGGACCUAUUCGUCAGAUUAGAGUGGGGAACACACCUGAAACUAGAGGAACGGCUUAUGUGGUCUAUGAAGACAUCUUUGAUGCCAAGAACGCAUGUGAUCACCUAUCAGGAUUCAAUGUUUGUAACAGAUACCUUGUGGUUUUGUACUAUAAUGCCAACAGGGCAUUUCAGAAGAUGGACACAAAGAAGAAGGAGGAACAGUUGAAACUUCUCAAGGAGAAAUACGGCAUCAACACAGAUCCACCCAAAUAAACGUUACUUUCAUUUUGGACUAAAACCCACGAAUGACCCCCACCGCCUUUUUUCCUUUUUAAUUAAUACUGAAUAUUGUGAUUUCUUAUUUGAGAUUCAAAAAGGAAUCUCAAACUUUGAUACUUAUCAGGGUAUAUAAUGUUAAUAAACUUGCAGCUUUUUGUGAA